CACAUGAAGCACCAUAGUUAUCACAUUGUAUUUUCUUGUUUCAGAUAUGUAUUCAUGGUAAUCAUAUGUAGAUGUUAAAGGACAGUUUUGGGAAAUGGAAUUCAACAGUUGGUUAAACAUCUUUGGGUUCAAGCCAUUGACUGAAAACGAUUCCUCGGAAGAAAGUGACCACAACAAUAACUUACUUAUUCCUGACAUACAAGACGUUGCUUUAUCCAAUGCGGUAGCUGAAUCUGCAGGUGAAACAGCCGAAGUAGUGUUGGAAGAAGAGAGUGUAAAUGAAGGCAAAACAGCUGUUUGUUUAGUGCUUCCGAAAGAAAGUGAUGAUAAAUUGGAGGAGAAAGGAAGUGUAAAAAGAGUUGAUGCGAGUGUUUUUGGAGUACAUGGGGAAGAAAGUGUUGGCAAUGUUUCUGAAGUUCACGUAGAAAGCGUUGAUAAAGUUAAAGCUAUUGAUUUUGAAUUACAGGAAGAAAGACUUGAAGAAAGGGACGACACGUUAGGUAUGGAUGUAGAGCCCAGAGUUACUUUUCAAGAAAUAGGAGAAGUCACUGUUUCUACCAAUAAAAAAUCUUUUGAGUGUUCAAUUUGUAAUAAAACAUAUACUCUUAAGGCAAGUCUGAAAAGACAUAUGAAUGUUCAUAACACUGAAGGAGGGUUAAACUGUUCUGUGUGUGGAAAAACGUAUUACAUACUAUCCGCUUUUAACCAACACAAAAAAUGCAUUCUACUUCACGUUACAGAUGCAAAGUGUGUAGUAAAAUAUAUGUAACUAAACUAGGCUGUAAACGCCACAAGUCUACUCUUGAAGAUAAAUACACAUAUUAUUGCGAAGUGUGUGGGAAAAGUUUUAAUUAUAAAAGUGAUUUAGUUGAUCAUACUGCAACGCAUUACAAUAGCAGACAUUUUAAAUGUGCAAAAUGUUCUCAGACUUUCAAAGCACGCUCAUGCCUUGUUCGACACAAAACAACAUGUGGCAUAAAUAAACAUAUAAAAUGUGAAAUUUGCGAAGUAUGUUCAAAUCCAAUAGGUACCUUAAGGAGCAUAGCAGGAAGGACAAGGCAUAUGUGGAAUUACAUCAGUGUCCAAUAUGUGGGAAAACUUUCACACAUCAUAGCUCAUUGUACCGUCAUAAAAAGAAAGCUGGACACUACUGACAUUAAUAACUGAUAUAAACUGACGUUAUAUAAUAAGUUAAAAUGUUAUUUUUAAAGGCUGCCUUUUCCUUUUUGUUCGGUUAAAGUUUCAGUUUUUUUUCUAUACAAAUCCUAGUUAGUUUCUUUAAGAUUGUUCUUGUUCAAUAUUACGUUCUUUGCUUUGUUAUAAAAGUACGUAUAACAUGAUAUUUUGAUUAUAUUUUAGUGUGAUUUUUAUUGCAAUAGUGGAUAUUGCACUAAAUUUAAGAAACAUGCAAUACACAUAAUUAUUCCGUUUUAUGAUAGGAAUGCAAUAAUUUUUUACCACUCAUGUUUCAUUUAGUUCUUGUUUCAUUACCAUUUUUCAGUUAAUAGGUACAGUACAUCUAGAAAUGUUAUUUUAAUUGUGUUAAUGCUAGCCUUUUAGCUUACCUGAUCAGCAUGUGCUCAAUGACAGCUAUAGCUAUGACAUUCAGAAUAAUUAUUUGCAUAAUGAUUAAAAUGUUUAAAUUUUAAUACCAGUCAGCCUAGAUUUUGACCUAACGACUGUUAUCAAUGCCAUGUGUUCUGCCUUUUUGACAUUUAGACAGGUGAGCGAUAUAGGGCUAUCUUGACCGUCUUGUAUAUUUUCUUUUAGAUAUUUCUUUAAAAAAAAUCUAGCAAGUACAUGUGUAUUAUAUCCGAUUUAUUUGUUUUACUUGUAAGUUGAUUAUAAUUUUAGUUCCAGUUAUUAUUAAAAUGUCACAAGUU